UAGCCUGGGAAGGCGGUUGACAGUGAAGAUGCACAGAGCCUACCAACCCAUAUUGCCAUGUGGUAAUAAAUACCUGCAACAGAAAUGGGACAAAACCUACUAUGACGAGCAUAAAAGGAAGGUGCAGUCAGCUAAACCAAUGGUGGAUACAAACAGUCCACAAACAUAUGUACAUCUCAACCUAAAAUUGAAGAAAUUGAAGCUUGAAGAGGAACGACUAACAAUCAUUGAAAGGGACAACCGUCUGCUGCUAGAGAAAAUGUCAUCUAUCAUGAGAACUAAAGGAAGAGUUGACAACAAAAAUAAUUAUGAAGCUAAAAGUUUAAAUAGAGAGAAAAGAGAACAAGAACUGCUGAAAGUAUCCAGAGAGAACCAAAACAUUGGGGACAGACUCACAAAGUGUGAGCCUCAGUAUCGAGUUGAAAAGUGGCAUGAAGACUGGGUGAAGGCAGAGAGGUAUAUGGACAGCAUUGCUAAAUACCCAAGAGGAUGGUACGAUAUGCAGCAUCCAGAAAAGGCUUCAAAAGGAAAAAAGAAACCUGCCAAAAAAGAGUCUGUAAGAGAUGUCAAAGCAAAAGUGCAUAAUGAUGAUAACAGUGAUGACGGAGGCUCAGUAGAAGAACCUAAUAAAGGAAAACAGGAAAAGUGUAAAAAAGACAAUACUAGAACUAUCAAGGAAAGUAAAAAUUCAAAGCAGGAAAAUAGGAAAGAAAAAAAGACCAAAAGAAAAGAUCAGCAAAAAGUAGGUGACAAAAAAGAGGAAAAAGAGGAAGCCUAUGAAAGUGAUGAUGGCAAACAGGAGCCAGAUAAUGGUGAAGACCUGACAAAGAAUAAGGAAAAGGACAAUGAAGAAUCAAUGGAUGAAAAUGAGACAAGUUACUAUGAAACGGGUAAAGAAGAUGGAUCUCACAAGUCAGAACAGUCUGAAAGUGAACCAGAGUCAGAUGAUGAUAAGGACAAAGCAGAUAAUGAUAAGGAGCAAGCAGAUGAUGAUAAGGAGCAAGCAGAUGAAGAUAAGGAGCAAGCAGAUGAAGAUAAGGAGCAAGCAGAUGAUGAUAAGGAGCAAGCAGAUGAUGAUAAGGAGCAAGCAGAUGAUGAUAAGAAGCAAGCAGAUGAUGAUAAGGAGCAAGCAGAUCAUGAUAAGGAGCAAGCAAAUGAUGAUAAGGAGCAAGCAGAUAAGGAGCAAGCAGAUGAUGACGAGCAGCAUCCAGAUAAAAAAUAGAUUAUAAUUUAUCUGUGAUAUUGAUGGUAAUCAUCAUUGGAUUCAAAUAAGUCUCUACUUCAUGCAUGAUCACCAAAUCUAAAACACAAGCUACUUAUUUAUACUGUGAUUACAUGUAAUGACAUUUGCAAAAGUUCUUAUCUUCUCUAAUAUAAGUUAUCCCAUUUAAUGAAGCCCAAAUUUAAAUGCAAGUAGUGUUUCUAUGCUGCCCUUGAUAAUUUCCAAAAAGGGAGCUUGGUGGAAUGGGGUAUGCACAUGGCAUAGGAUGGGCCAUUGACCCCAACUUAUUUAUCAUCAUUUAUUUAACCCCUUCCUGAAAUAAUAGUACAGCGGAUAUAAUGAUCCAGAGCUUGUACUAGGCUUUUAGGCUCAUUAGUUUUAUACUGCAAUUCAGGCCAGCAGGUAGCAGCACUGAAUUGUAAUAUAGAGAUCUAUGUAUAGGGUAAUAGAAAAAAAUUACAUCACUCUAUACAAAUUGCAAUCUAAUGACUGCAUGUUGGGGUCCA